AUGGCUGACGAUAAUGGACUGGGAGCUGUGAUUUUUGAGCCAUCGGAGCCCAAGAAAGCAACCGUCGACAUUGUUUUCGUCCACGGGCUGGGUGGAAACCGAAUCAACACUUGGACCUAUGCACCAGGAACUCCUGAAAAAGUAUUCUGGCCGAAAGAUCACCUACCUCAAAUAUGUCCGGAAGCGAGAAUACUUUCCUUUGGAUACAAUUCAGCUUUCGCGCACUUCUAUCCGUUCUAUGGGCCCAAGAACAUACCCGUGGGUACCACCAUCGAUAAUCAUUCCACAGCGCUGUUUCAAAGCCUGAUUGGUCUCCGGGAUCGCACUGAGAGCACGGAUCGGCCAAUCAUAUUCAUCGCACAUAGUCUUGGAGGACUAGUAGUCGCCAACGCGUUAUCAAGACAGCAUGGCGCAGACGAAGCAGCCGUCUCGCUCGUGAACCAUACUGGUGGAGUGGUGUUUCUCGGGACGCCAUUCGAGGGCUCGAGCAAAGCGGAAUGGGGAAGAACGGCGUUGAGAGUCGUGGACUGCUUCAGCGAUACGAAGAAGGAAGAUGUCAAGGAUCUUGAGGAGCGAUCUGCGAAGCUCGUCAGUAUCAACGAAGCCUUCCUGAAGUUCCUGAAAGCUCGUGACCGCUCUGGGGCUCCCGUCGAAGUCGAAUGCUUCUUCGAGGCUUUGUCGUUGAAGAUCUUGGGCAAAAGGUUCCUCAUAGUUCCCAAGAAGUCGGCAGUCCUCCCAGGUAUCGACGGGCAGUCGAUUGAAGCAAAUCACGUCGACAUGUGCAAGUUCGCGGAUGAAGAGAGGAGCGGGUUCCGAAGUAUAUCCGAGAAGUUAAGUCAGUGGAUCAAAGCCAUGCACGAGAUACCGGCAAAGACCGGUGACCAGGACCAUGGAGUGCACUUGACCACUACUUUCAAUGGCGCAAUUGACAACAACCGAGGAGUGGUCGCUGGGUCUGUGUAUACACCUGCAAAGGAUGGUAUUCGGAUGAUUGGGACCCAAUAUAUCAGGUGCGAUGAUGGGAACGUCCCUAAUCAGUAA